GCAAUGUGAUGGACGAAGAGGUCAAAUCCCUGGGCGUGUUUCUGGCUCUGACGGAUGAUGACUGCACGAGAUUCACGGGACAGCAGGAAAUCAGCGCCGAGUUCGACUUAAGUGUGUACUCGGGGAAGGCGACGUCUACCCUCCUGCAGAAGGGAUCCACUAAAGCAACGUUCACGAAAAAACUUACCGAAGUCGGAUUUGAUAAGUUGGUUCUGCAUACACAGCUGUUCGAUGCCGAGGACAAUUCCAAAACCUUGCGCGAUGACUACAUCACGAUUACGGCCAAUGUUCUCAUGUACACCAAACCAAACAUCGUCCGACUGCCGGAAACUGCAAACUCACUGAAACGCCGCCAGACAUUCGCCGCCAACCAUCUACAACGCCAGGCAAACCUUUUUGCGUCAGAAAAGCAUGCCUUUGCUACGGAUUUUAUCCUGUACUCCAAUGACGGCCAAGAAUUCCGCACCAGUCGCUUUCUGCUGAUGGCGCACUCGCCGGUCUUCGCUGCCAUGCUGACGCACGAUCUUCAGGAAAAGCAACAGUCUCUCUGCAAAUUGGCAGACGUUGAUCCGGAAUGUGUGGAGAUUCUGCUGGAUUUCCUGUACGGCUGUGGCGUUGACAAGAUCACCGCAGCCAAUGCAGAGAAAGCGCUGAUCAUGGCGGAUAAAUACCAGAUGGCAGAUUUGCGACGAGCCUGCGAAGAUGUCCUUCUGGACAGUGUUAACUCCGAGACUGCGGUGCGCUACUUGAUUUUAGCUCAUCAGCGCGGGCUGGACGUGUUGAAGGAGGUGGCGCUGGGAGUCAUUCCGAAAAAUAUGAAGAACGUGCUGACGGCAAAAAACCUGGAGGAGGUGCUGCAGUCGCAUCCGGAUGUGGUGGAGCUGAUUAUGGAGCACUGCUCCAAGCGUAUGCGAACGGCCAAUGAAUAGUGAAUUCGGGUGCACUGGGAUAACAAUUACACCGUAUUUUUCGUGCUAUGUUUUGCCUUGUGUCAGGGUGUUUGUAGGCUGUUCUGAACCACAUUACGUCAUAUACAUGUA